AUGUCCUGGUGCAAAGUGCAUGCAUACGCAGAGAUAGGCUCGAGGACAGGCAGCGUUACAUUCCUCACCAAGUCCCCGCGCGUCAGUGGUAAGCUCGCGAUGGAUGAUGAAUUCAGUAAACAAAAGGAAGUGGUGCUGGGUGAGGAACUGCAUAGGGAUGUGGUGUCGAACGAGGAAAAAACAGCGGCAAAGAAAGUUGAAAACCAGGACGAGAAGUAUUACGUCGCCUCCAAGCUUUCUCUCCAUGCUCCACCACGCUUUACCGACCACUUAACGAGCGAUCAGACGCGCAUAGAUGAGGCAGUUCUGAAUUCGACCGUCAUACCCCGAAAGAUGGGCGUAGUCAAGUUCCACCGGUGCUCGUACAAUUGUCCAAAGUGUGUAUUGAUGCAGGAGCCGAUGAUGGGAUUGCAGAGUCGCUUUCGCAGCACAGGCUUACAUCAGCCUGAUGUGGGGGACCCCCAGGCGAGGGGCACACAGCCGCGUAUACACAGCUCCAGCAGGUUCAUGAACUACCUUGCAGAUGCUACGCGCCACGGCCGAGGGCUUGAAGUCGGUCAUAUGUUGUGUUGUCCGAACCCAGAGGUCAACUGGUGUCGCGAGGCCCCCACAACUUUCAGCACUACGAAAAAUCGAUGGGUGAUCGAAGUCGUCCGACUUGCCAUGGACGGGCAGCAUAAAUCUUGCAUGAAGCCGAGGCGCCUUUGA